AACAUAUAUGCGUAUACUAUCCAAAUGUUAAAUGCGAGAUCAAGUGAUGUUCUUGUAAACUCGCCCCAGCUCAGGCAGGGUUGAGCUAAUUGUCGCCUAAUCCUGCCCCGGGGCGUUUGGAGAGCCUUGAGCAAGAAUUCUUGUUCAGCUGUCCUCUGUUAUUCGGGCUGGAACGCUGUGCCUUCAACGCACUCUCGCGCUUACACAAAAAAGGAGCAAGAAACAAAAAAGCGCGAGACGAAGACACGCCACGAUCGAUCUCAUGAUUUAAAGAGGGUUGAAGAUACAUUUACAGCUAUGUCUUCCAAGGCCAGAAUCGCUCCUUGGAUCGCCGAGAUUGAAGGGGAGAAGAGAACUGGAAGAAGUUUAUUUGACACUGUGCUGUUUGUGCAGGAGGGAAGGAGCAUGUCUCGGCUCUCUUUGACCCGGUCCCCAGUGUCUCCUCUGGCCACUCAGGGAAUCCCUCUGCCGGCCCAGCUGACUAAAGCCAACGCUCCAGUCCACAUUGAUGUAGGUGGGCACAUGUACACCAGCAGUUUGGCCACCCUCACCAAAUACCCAGACUCAAGAAUCAGUCGUCUGUUCAACGGUACCGAACCGAUUGUUUUGGACAGUCUGAAGCAGCAUUAUUUCAUUGACAGAGAUGGAGAGAUAUUCCGCUACAUCCUGAGUUACCUGAGAACCAGUAAACUGCUUCUUCCUGAUGAUUUCAAGGAGUUCCAGCUGCUGUAUGAGGAGGCUCGGUAUUACCAGCUGAUGCCUAUGUUGAAAGAGCUGGAGCGCUGGAAACAGGACCGGGAGCAGAGACGGACGGCUAAACUUUGUGAGUGCCUGGUGGUGCGGGUGACCCCUGACCUUGGCGAGAGGAUCGCCAUCAGUGGAGACAAGGCUCUUAUAGAGGAGAUUUUCCCAGAGACAGGGGACGUCAUGUGUAAUUCAGUCAAUGCCGGCUGGAACCAGGACCCAACCCAUGUUAUUCGGUUUCCACUGAAUGGCUACUGCAGGCUCAACUCUGUGCAGGUCUUGGAGAGACUCUUCCAGAAAGGGUUCAGCAUGGUGGCAUCUUGCGGAGGAGGCGUUGACUCCUCCCAGUUCAGCGAGUACAUCCUGAGUCGAGAGGACAGACGGUGUCAAACCAGCCACACGCCCAUCAGGAUAAAACAAGAGCCUCUAGACUAGACCAUCAACGCCUCAGUCUGCUUUCGAUGAAAAAUAAAGGCCAACGGACAAACACAAGACGUUCGUUUGCAAGAAGAGUCUCCUGCUUGACCAUUCAGACUCUUAAGAGGACUGAAAUCAAAAUAUACGAUUAUUAUGGCUUCAUUUCAUUGACAUCUUUUUUCUUUUCUUUUUUUUAACAAACAAAUUAAGUCACAUGAUAGUAUGUUUCACCUUGAGUUUACAAUUUUAGCUGUUGUGUUGGCUUGAUUCAUAAAAAAUGUAUAGUUUGUUUAUCUUCCACAUAAACUGUAGUUGAAUACCAAGAGGUAAUUUUGCCGUUGUAUGUGCGUAAAUGAAAGAAAGAACUCCAUAAGGAAGUUAAGCUCAUGGUGAACACAUACCUUUCGGCUAGAUCAUUUUCAAACGAUGCACUAGUCAGAUCUCCAACCUUACGGGCAAUAUUAACAGCACAAAAUACAAAAUCUGUCCUCCAGUUUUAAUCUAGAUAUCUAAUGUUCUCAUUUUCCAGUCCCAUUUUAUGUAAAUCAGUUCUUUUAUGACCUACAGGUUUAUCGCUGUUGCCUCACUACAUGAAGGAUAUGAGAGCAGUUCUCAGAAGUCAAUUGGUUGUAAGUGCAGACUUCUCUGUUCUGGUUGUGUAGAUGCUUUGACUAGAGGCUACAUGGCUAAAGCAGACAGCCUGGUAAUGCAUUCAGUGCUUUUUGUUCAAGCAAGUCUAAAGGGAAACCUGGACUCAUUUGUCAGAGCUUUUCUGAUGGCAUUGCCAAAUCCGAUUGUACACGAAACAACACUUGAUCUAUAUGUUGGAUCCCCGUUUUCUUCAAAUUAGCCUUGAACGUGCCAAAAGAGUUGAUAUUGUUCCAUCUAGCAAUGUAUGACUUCAUUAUAAAUGAUUGCUUUGAUAACUGAUUUAAAAGAUAAGCAACGAUCUCUUGUAGAUACAAUGCCCUGUGCAUCCAAACAACGUCUUGUUUAAUGAAGGCAGCUUUAGGAGUUGGUAAAAUGAGAUUACUCAGAUUGUUAAUGAAUGCAGCACUCCAGGGCUGCUUGCACUGUAUAUUAGAGUCGCUAGUCGGGGGUGGGGGGGGGUUUGGGGGGGUGUUACUGUGCCCCUUAAGGCCCAGAGCUAUGGAGACGGAUGGGUUAAGGGUCAGAAAUGAGGAGUUAAGUUCACUUUCCCACAAUCCCUUUUACUCAUGCUCUCCCUUAGCAAAAUCGCUAUUAGAGACGCAAGGCGAGAGAAUGAGUAAGAAUAAACUUGAAACGUUAAUUUGAUCGCUGGUAAACAGACUGAAAUGUGUAAUGUAUUGUAAAACAAGGCAUCAUUUUUAAGGCGGUCUGCCUCACCAUUUCAAAAGUAAAGGUCACGUAAAUGUCAUGGACAUGUUGAGUUGUGCUAUGUGUUGUCUUAACUGGACAGCGACUGAGAAAACACACGCAAUUAUUCAGCAAAUGUGUUCAAAUUGAAAUCUUUGAUUAAUCGCACAUUGUACAUAAUGGCUCACGGCAGCUUUAUAAGACCCCUUAAUAUAAUAUACCAUGUCAGUUUUUGAGUUCAUAGACAAUAUUAUAAAAAGACAACCUUCAAGGAUGCAACCUGGUAACUUUGAAGGGGAUCGAUGAAUUUGUCUCCAGUGCGAAGAUGGUUGGAGGAGGCGUGUCGGAUAUUACAUAAUCAAAUCUUAAUUUAAAUACUGCGCUAAUGGAUGUUGUGUCAAGAUGUAUAUUGCAGUAUGGUCCAAAUGUAUAUUAUUUAAAUAAAUACAUUUUUUGUAAUGGAUUAUUAUUUAUAUGAAUCAUAGUGGUAUGUCAGGCAUGUGUUUAUUUGAAUUGUAACAUUCUUUUUGUAAUUGAUGUUGAUAAAAUGAACUUUUAAUAAAUUUUAAUAA